AUGUCUCCAGGACGUCGAGAAGCACCGCCCAAAUCCGUCAAAUUCUACUCCGCUUCCCUCAGUGCCGGUGCAGCGAGUGACAGUGAAUUUGUGGUGGAUAUUGUGAACCGUUUGCAGCAACGGAACGAGCAAGAGGUUCUCAUCGAUGAGGUCGAUCGAACGCCCACCAAUCUUGCGCCACCGUUGUUCGGGGAGGAAGCGUUCGUGUGGAGCCGUUUUCGAGAGCACUUUCAACCCGCUAGCGAUAUGAUGGAGGACGGAAAGGCUCCGAGUGCCGAUAAAACGGACGGUUUCGAUAACCUUGACCACCAGCCCAACUACGAGGGUGUGAUCGAUCGACGUAGUCCCUCGCUGGAAGCUGGACAGAAAACGUACCACGUCAAGAUUCGCUUGACGGAAACCGAUGACAUUGUGCUGUUUGAGAAUCCGAGUCACGUCGUGUCGCUCGAUGCGGAAGAGGCGGAUCUCGUGAAGGAGCAGAACCGCUUGUUCGAGACACGGCCGAAAGCUCGCCGGACAGCGGACGCUGAAGCGCAAACCCGUGACCUACCGUGCAAAUCGCGCUCGGUCAACACGGAGUGCAUUCACCGGCAGGAUGUGGCAUCGUUCGUUUCGAACUACGACAUGUACGACACGUACAACGAUCUGGAACGUCACACGAAGGAAAUUAACGUGGCGGAUUCCGCGUCCAAGCUGGAGAUUACAACGUAUUCGCGCGAGGGCAUGGAAGAUAUCGACGAUCGUCUGAACCGUAAUCCUAACUUUCAUCUAUCGUCCAUGAUACUGCAGCGGCUUCUAGCGGGCAAUGUAUAUCGUGAGCAGCAGAUCCGCUUUCGUAACAUGUACCCACCGGAUCCGUGCCGCGAGGAUAUACGGUAUCUGUACCGGCUGGAUGUGCUGUGGACGUACCGGACUGUGGAAACACUCGGUAAGGCGGUAGCCUGUGCCAGCUGGUGUCCUGCUAAUGGCGACAUCGUGGCAAUCGCUUACGGCAUCUACGGCCACACCAGCAGUGACGAUCGCGGCAAUGGAUUUGUAUACGUUUGGAACAUUAAAAACCCGGUCAAUCCGGAGCGACGCUAUCGGUUCGAUUGUCCCGUGACGUGUGUGGCGUUCUCACAGCGCACACCGCAGCUACUGGCCAUCGGACUGUACGAUGGGCUGGUCCAGAUUCGUGACAUCACCGACAGCACGCAGAUACCGCUGGCCGUGUCGAAUCGGGACAAGUUCCCCGUCUACCAACCGAUCUGGGACCUGAAGUGGGUCGAGUUUGACAACGAAAACAAAGACGAGGUUAUCGCCGUGUCACAGAACGGUUGGGUUAUGAAGUACACACUCACGAUUGGACAGUAUCUACUGCCGUACCCUUUGUUGCGGUUGGAUCGGGUGGAAGGAACACUCGAAGGACAGGAAGCAUCAAAAGAAGCGCAACCGGUUAAGAUACAGUCCGAUCUACACCCGCAAGCACUCUGCGUAACGAUACAUCCGGUGCAGAAGGACAAAUAUUACAUCGGUACGGAUGAAGGUUCCGUGCACUGGUCCAGUAUUAACGAUCCAUUUCAGCAUCUUGGUGUGCUGCAGAUGCACAGUCGUGGCAUCUUCUGCAUCGAAUACUCACCCUGGAGCCCGAAGAUUUUCCUGACCUGCAGCGGCGAUUGGAGCAUACGCAUCUGGAUAGAGGAUCUGCCGGAACCGAUCGUCACGUUAAGCACCGGAUUUGCACCGAUCCAGGCUGCCUACUGGUCACCGACGAACAGCACCAUUAUUGCGAGCGUUACGCGUAACGGUGUGCAGCUGUGGGAUCUGAAACGACGCAGCUCAAAGCCAGCCUCCGAAACGACGCUCGGCAGUCUAACGACAGCCCUGACCGUGAUACGGUUUACGAACUGUGGCCGCAGCUUGCUGGUUGGCGAUGCGGAAGGAAAAGCCCAUAUCUGCGCACUGGAAGAUAUGCCAUUCCCGCCACACUUUCAGUACCGUGAGCUACAGUCGGCCAUUUACUCGAAGUUGGUGACAACGCCAGAUCUGCUGACGCGUGUGCGCCGUAUGGGAUAUCUCGGGUACUGA